UGUAUCGCUUUCCCUCCCUUCUCUUUGCUUACAUCACUGCACUGAGACGAAGCAUUAUAAGAUUUUAUUCAAUGGAUAGUGUUUAAGGUUUGACAGACUUUUCUGGAAUAUACUGUAUUAACAGGGAAAAGAAGCAUAUCAGGUUGGACAUUAUAUGGAGUUUUAACUGCGACAUCCUAUAUGAAAUAAAUACGUGUUUAUUUCGUCCAUUUCAAAUUCAAAGUUCUUGUAAUUUGCAUGAAUGUUUAAAAUGUCGUGUGACGGCUGUAGUUUACGUUUUACUAUACUGAAAAGGAAGAAAAAGUGUGAAGAUUGUGGAUACAUUUAUUGCUCUGAAUGCACUACGACUAAGGGCAGGCUGUAUCAGUGCUAUAGAUGUAAAAUUUUUACACAUGUGCCUUUAAAUUCUUAUGAUGUUGCAAAUCUGAAGCUAAGAGACUUACAGUGGUUUGUAGAUCUUAAAGGAAUAGAUGUGCCCUCAAAUGAUCGUAGAGAACAAGCAGUUUUGGUAGACUGGAUUAUGAAUUAUUUCUCACGUCAGAGUAAUGCUCAACAGUCUGUUCCUUCAAAUUAUCAACCUAUAUAUCCAACUCUGCACCCAGGAGACAGAAAUAUUGGAGGUCUAUUUGGAAGUCAAGCAUCAUCAACUCCUACAAUUCCAUCCGCUGAGGGUAUUCAGGAACAAAAUGAAAGUACAAGCCAUGAUAAAAAAGAAGAUAAACCCAGUAUCAAGAAUGGAACUAAGCAUCAAAUUAUCAAUUUAGACUCGGUUAAUGACAGAAAUCAUAUCUUUUCACUUACUACUAUGCAGUUGAAAGUACUGCUGACAAGAAAUUUUAUAUCUUUUCGUGGCUGUUGUGAGAAAUCAGAAUUGCAAGAGAAAGUGUGUUGGCUGUGGGAUUUAAAGGAAGCAGCUAAAAACAAAAAUACCAUACCAGAUGAAAACCUGUGUAAAAUCUGUAUGGAAGCCACCAUUGAUUCCCUUUUCCUAGACUGUGGACAUAUGGUUACCUGUCAUCAGUGUGGGAAAUUGUUGCAUGAUUGUCCUAUUUGUCGUCAAAUAAUAGUGCGAGUGGUUCGCGCUUUCAGAUCCUAAAGAAUGGGAACAUUUUAUCAUACAUUUACCAAAGAACACAUUUUGAUUCAUUUUUUUUUAAGUUGAAGGAAGAAAUGUUAAAGUUGUCUUAAUAUAUUUGUAAAUACUAAUUUAAAAUGUUAUAUUUUGUUAAUAAAUUUCAUUUUUCUAUAUUUUGAAGAAUAUUUAUUACUGUUUAGUUUUAAAAUAGAUCACUUUUACCACCGAUUUGUUUGAAUGCCUGUCACAUUUUUAAUGUUUUACAGUUGGAAUGAUUAAAAAAAAAAAAAGAAAUAACCAUUUAUCUUAUGAAAUUAUUUGCUCUAGAUUGGUUUUUUAUUAAUUUCAAGCACAAUUUUAUAUUACAGGAUUUAGUCACUUAUUUUUUCCCCUUUUAUUUAUUCUGGAAGUUUCAUUUAAAAAGAUACUCAAUGUAAUAUUUAAACAAGUAUUCAUAAUAAUGUUAUAGAUCGUGAUUUGAUGUGUCAGAGUUAAUUGUCUUUUUUUCUGAUAUAUCAAAAUCGAUGUUGGUGCUAUGUCUAUGAUCUUUGAUGUACUCUAUGAAUGAAAUAUCAUAAAUGUUGUUUAUUUGUGUAUUGUGUUGUGAUAAAUAUUAUGUAGAUGUUUGUGUUCAGUUAUGAGAGACUUGGAAAAUAAAAUGGUUUUCAGAGCUUAACCAUCUGUUAAAAAUAUAAAAGUAAUUUUGUCCAUCUCUGAAAUCAAAGAUAACAAUUAUUAAACUUGCAUUAAGAUAAAACUAUUGUACUGUUGCUAAUUUAAAUUAUUAAUUGCAUGAGAACUGUUAAAAAUUUGAAAUUUGUAGGAUUAUUAUUUUAAAAAUCAGUUUGAAUUAGAAAUUAUUUAAUGCAUGUUCAUUGUCUAAUUGUUUUAAUGUAUAAAUGUAGAAAUAGGUGUUUACUUUUUGCACUACAUUUAGCUUGAUUUCUCGCUGAUAUUCUGUGUGAGUUUCAGUAGGUUAAAAAAAAUGCAUAAAACAAUUUUUUUUUUUUCAUUUUUGAACUUAAUUUACAAAAUGAUCAUUUGCUUAUUAAAAACAUAAUGAAAUACACUGAAAUUUUAACUUGAUCUAUCUAAUAUUUUUUUAGUUUGUUUCUUAAUUAAAUUUAUAAUCUUUUUUUUCUCAUAUGGCUCUUAUGUGCCUCAUUGAUAUUGACAGAAAUUAUAAAAAAAAGAUUAAUAGCUAUUAAAAAAUAAUUUUAUGUAUUUUUAUGUGCAUGACAGAGACAUUUUAUCAUUUUUUUUAUUGAUAAUCAUGGAUGUUUUUAAAAUUAUCAUCAUAACAUUUUUAGAAACCCUUUAGCUGAUACUGGAUGUUGCAAAAAAGAAAAGUAGCCAAUAUUUUAAUGGUUAUUGUUUUAUAACCAUAUAUGUUUUUAGCUUUCAUAAUAAAGUUUAUAAACGUAUUUUUGCUGUAUUUUGCACCUGUUUUUGAAUUGACUUCUUUGAUUGAAACAUUAUUGAUAAUGCAAAACAGUGGGAACACAAGCAACAAGAAUAAUUUCUUUUGGUUUCAGGCAUAUUUUCUUUCUGUGGCUGUUUGUAAUUGAUCAGCAAUUUUUGAUUUCGUAGCUAUCUAGUGGUAGGAAGUUUUGUGAAUGUGGAGAAUGAUCUUACUAUAUAUAAUCCCCCCCCCCUCUUCUAUGCCCUAUGUAAUGCACUGCAAACCAUCUUGUUUCAAAUUGUUGUUAAUUGUUUAACUAAUGUAAUCAGAUUAUAAUUGUUUUGUGACUGCAGAUCAUAUUGAUUUGUUCAGGGGGGUGGAACCUAAUUUUUUUUAUUGUUUGUUAUUCCUGGUAAAAAAAAAAAAUGUGCAUUUCUCCAUUAAUUUUUUAUUGGAAAUAUUGUAAUUUUAAUAAAUAAAACUUGCAAGCAUGCUUUGUCAAGUACAAAAAAAGUUAAAUUUUUUUACAAGUUGUAAAGAAAUAGGAGUUUUGUUUGCUUCAAUUAAAAUUGCAGCUAAUUUCUAAAUUGAUCUAUAAAUAUUAUGUUGGAUAAUCUAAUGCAGGGUAUUUAAAUGUCAUAUUCAAUUGUAAAUCUGCUUAAUGUAUAUUUUUUUCACUGUGAUCUUUGUCAUCUAUAUAUUUAGUUAGUGUUCCGUAGUUAUACAAAGCUGUUUGGUCUGUGAAAGAUUUUAUAUCAGUGUUGUAAAUGUGAAAUGUUUUAUCAUGUAAAUUGUUUUCGUACUUUAACAAUUAAAUGU